AAACACUGACAGAAAUACCGAAAUAGGGUCGCUUACCGGAGCUUAAAACCCUCUCAAAUCUAAUACAGCUCAUUCAGUGAUCAGAGCUGCCCAAUAGUGUGGAAAUGGCGAUCCGUCUAUUGGCGAGAAGGACACCAUCAACGGUUGAAAGUACAUCGGUCCUAUUUAGAAGCGCAUUCAGUUUCCUCCGCAAUCUGAGCACCGCCACUUCCACUGAAAAUUCCGCCGUGAGUGCGGCGGUGCCUGGCGGCGGACCUAAGAAGCCGAAGCGGAAGAAGAAAAAGAACCUGUUCGAGGUUGCUCAGUUUCUGCCUAACUGGGGUAUUGGCUAUCACAUGGCAAAAACUCACUGGACUGGGGUAUCUUACGAGAUUACUAAAAUUAACCUCUAUAAGGACGGGCGGCAUGGUAAGGCUUGGGGGAUUGUUCAUAAGGAUGUUUGUGUGGUUUUUAUAUCUGAUAUGGACAUUGGUAUUCAAGCUGCAGAUGCCCCAAAGAAAAUAAGCGGGGUCCACAAGCGCUGCUGGAAGUACAUUCCCUGCUCAGAAAAGACUGAAGAGAUUGCCUCAGAACCAAAACCAGAACCAGAAUUGCAGACUGCUUGAAUAUUUACUUGUUAACUUGAAGAAGACCAGCAACCUCGCUUGCCUAAUCUUUCCGUGGUAAGGGACAAGAUUUCGACUAUUGGGACAUCAAAAAGUUGAUUUUUAGCAGUAUGUUGGAAUUGUAAGGACAAGAUAAUCUUAGUGGCGGAGAUAAGUUACGGGAGCAAUAUCUGGUUGGAUUUCUGAUCUUUGAUAAAUAUCCAUGUUACAAACAUAAAUCUGAUCUCUGUUUUGAUGGUAAUAAUAUUUAGGUCACAAUCUUGUACCUUGUCAUGCCUUCUUUUUUUUUUUGUGUGUGUGUGUAAAUCCGGAAUGCGUCAUUCAGAUAUUUUAUUUUUUUCCAUCUUAUUAGAGUUGGUGUUCAAAAGCAAGUUGAGAGUCCUGAGACUCAAUGUGGUUCUGAGUUAACCCUUGAAAUAUCACAGUUUAUUGUUGAGGUUUAGUUUUUAUGUUAAAACUGGAAUUUAUGCUUACAUAUCAUCAUGAAGAUGAUAAGAGUGACAACACAUUAUAUUCCUUUGAUUUGAUUUUAAGGUUCUUUGAAAGUGGAAACAUUAUUUUCUUUUUGGCGCAAUUGCAGAAUGAAUAAC